AUGUCUAAAAAUUGGAAUGAUAAUAUCGAAACAUUUGCUAAACAUAUUCAGAUAUAUAAAACAUUAGCUCUUCGUUGGCAAACCAAUCCAAGUUUUCUACAUCGAAACUUAAAAUAUGUUCAUAUUGCUCGAACGCCCAUUCAUUCUAAUCGUGUUUCAAAUCAACAUCUGUCCAUAGAAGAAAUAUUUAAAUCACGAUUAGGCGAAAGUCUGAAUAAAACUGCAUCGUCAUUAUUACGUGGCGAUGCUUUUAAUUUACAUUUACGUGGCUGGUCAUAUGAUCCAAGCUGUUUAACAGAUCGACGUGGAACUAAACAUAAUAUUUCAUUUGAUUUAUCUGCUUCGUGUGUAGAAAAUAAUUCACUUAAUACAUCAAAUGUAUCUCGAACAAUGAAACUGGGUCGAAUUGAUUCAGCAUCACCUCGUGGUAUGUCAUCGUCAAUGAAAGAUGAUGAUGACGAUGAAUCAUCAACAAUUUCAUUUCAUGUUUCAACGAAAUAUACAUAUACAUUAACAUUUUCAAGUACAAUUACAGCUAGUCGUGGUGAUGGAAAUAAAGUUUCAAUAUCAUAUGGAAAGCGUGUUCAACUAAAUUCACUAUUUGAUCCUCGACAACCUAUGUCAACAAAACAAUCAUUUGAAAUUCAACUGACACCCGUUUUAAAUAAUGGACAAGAAAUAUCAAAAACAAUAUUGUCUCAAUUUCCAACAACAUUUCCAAUAUUUUUCGAUCUUACUAGAGAAGCUGUUGAAAUGUUAAGAAGUGGAACAUCAACAAGAAAAAGACAACCAAUAUCACCAAGUAAAAUUCCAGCAUCUCAUCAUCAAGAGCAGCAAUAUCAAGAUCCUAAUGCUAAACGAAUGAAAACAACACAAAAGCCUAAUAAAAAUUCAAAUAAUAGUACUAAUCUAUCAUUAUGGCGUGAUAAUCAAUCCAAUAAUGAUCAUAGUUCAUCAACACAUUUACCACUAUUCUAUAGUUUUGUAGCGGAAAAUAAGCAAUGUUUAGCCACUAGUUAUAUGUCAUCGAAAGGUCAUUGCUGUCUUUGUCAAUUUACAGCUAUCAAUAAUGAUGUAGAAGUAUUAAUUAAACAUUUAUCUUAUUGUCAUCCACGUUUCGCUGCUUCAUUAAAGAAAAACAGUGAUCGACCUAAUAUUGAAAUACGUAUUAAUGCAUUCUAUGAUGGGUCACUUGAUACAUUUGAUAUGUUUUCUGAAUAUUAUCCACGUAAAAAACGUAUUACUAGUGAAUUAAUUCUUUGGCGGCCACCACGCUAUCGUCGUUUGGCUAUGGACGAUGCACCAUUUGUUUGCCGACGGGCAGCAUUAACUCGAGUUUAUCGUCAUACAACAGGUGCGCAACCCAUUGAACCAGAACAUAUGCAAAAUGAUAGCGAUGAUGAAAUUUAUCCUGAAUGGACACAACAAUUAUCACGUCGUAUGAUGGAAGAUUUUCAAGAUGUGAAUGAAGGUGAAAAAGAAAUGAUGAUUAUGUGGAAUCAUCAUGUUAUGAAACAUAAUUUCAUUGCUGAUAGUCAAAUGCCAUUUGCUUGUGAACUUUUCGUUGAAAGAUAUGCAAAAGAUUUACGAGAAAAAAGUCUUAUCAAAAACUUUUAUUUACAUUUGGCUACACUUCAAUUAUAUAAUUUAAUUAAAAAAACAGACCUAGCAAAAUGUAUUAUUCGUUUAAAAACUAUUCUGGCGUCAUCUCCAUCUGUUUCAACUUCAACAUGA